AGUUUUGUGUACUUAUGAAAAUAAACGAGAAAUUUUAGGAUUAUUUAUUCAAACAGAGGUGGUUACGACAAAUAUGAGAUUUAACCCCGUGUAGACCACAGAGCAACACUAACGAAUUCGUGAAGAGCAUAGGAAAGUAAACUGUGGUCAUAGAGCAUAGGAGUGAUGUUUGUUUGAGUAAUAAUGAAUAUCGCCUUGUUUAUGUUAUCGACGUUUCGUUAUGCCUAAUGUGACAUUAGAUCAAUGCUAGAAUCUCGCUCUGCAGUCUACAAGAUGUUGAAGGACAAAGCUCAUAAGGACAGACAAAUAAACACAUUCCCACGACCCUACCGACAUGAUGCAACACCAUAUAAACAGUUGGAUUUCAGUAGAAUAGUAAAAGAGGCGUGCUCUUCAGAUCGUCCUCUCAUGGCUGGAUUGAAGAUAUCCAAAGCAAUAUUCCUGGGUGAUGUUGCUGUUGGUAAAACAUGUCUAGUCAAUAGAUUCUGCCACCAGGUAUUUGACAGUAACUACAAAGCAACGAUUGGGGUGGAUUUUGAAGUGGAGAGGUUUGAUGUACUUCAGGUACCUUUUAAUUUGCAAAUAUGGGAUACUGCAGGACAGGAGAGGUUCAAAUGCAUUGCUUCAUCAUAUUACCGUGGUGCUCAUGUGAUAGUGAUUGUGUUUGAUCUCACAAGUCUCAUGUCGCUCUCACACUGCCAGCAAUGGUUAGAAGAAGCUCUUAAUGCCAACUCUGGUUCACCACAUAUCUUUCUUGUUGGAACAAAGAGAGACCUAAUGACAAGAACAGCAUUCUUGGAAGUGGAGGGCCAUGCAGUGCGACUGGCAGAACAUAUGGGAGCUGAAUUCUGGGCAGUGUCAUCACGUACUGGUGAUGGAGUAUCAGAGCUGUUCUGCAGAAUGGCUGGCUUAGCGUUUGAUAGCUCUGUAUGUCGAGAAAAAGAAACAGCUGGUAAUACAGUGACUGUAGGCUCCAAUCUAGUCACACUGAAGCAGACAUCAGGAUCAACACCCCUCAAAUCUCAACGGAAAUGUAGUGGAAGCUGCAGUAAUUGAGACACUGCAAAAUGCAAGUUUAUAGAAGCAACUGAAGAGAGACUGAAAAAAUGUGACAGCUAAAGAUACAUCGAAGGUUUGAAACUCCUAAUCCUACACUGGACUUUGAUCUGACACUCUAAAUAUAAUUUUUUCCUCCCCUUAAGCAUGUUUUAUAUACUUAAUGUUAGAAGAACUAUGUGCAACUAUUUGUAUGGAUUAGAAGUUAAAGAUUCAGCUUAAUUUUCUGUAAGAAGCUAAUUCUGUUGUAUACCAAAGUAAUGGUGUUUGUUAUUCAUUACAGUGUAGGAUUUCAUUAAGUUCUUUACUCAUUUAAUUUAUUAUACAUCACAGUCAUCUGAAGAUUACCGUGUUGUGGGUUUUGACACUGUAGUUUGGUAGAUGGGUCCAGCAUUGCACAUCCCAGAAGACUGCAAGCUUUGUAUGCUCCACCAUGAGAACCCUGAAAUUGUACAAUCACCUCAUUCAUUAUUUAUUACUGAACACUGUGAUAUUUUAUUAGCAUCCUGUUAUAUGUCUCAGAUGUUUCUGGUUCAAAUCUCAGCUCACAUGCUGACUAUGCUGACUAUUUUGGCAUAUUUUUAUAGUUGUUUUGUUUCCUCCAGCCAAAUACUGAGUAGGACCAUCACAUAAGUCACGACUGCUCUUUCGAAGAGUUUUCCAUUGCAUUCAUAAUCAUUCCUGUCAUUCAGAUCUAUUUAACCUUUGUUGUACCAGCUUUAAAUCCCCCUAAGAGUUCACAGCCUGAAUUAAAUGACAAUAAUUAAAAAUAUGCCCCUUUUUCUAAAAAUGUAAAUUUCUUCAAAAUUAUUAAUGAUAAAAGUAUCAUAAAGCAAGCAAACUGUAGAUUGUGCAGGCAAAAAUUUAAUUUCCACACUUUUUUAUGUGUCAGAGACUUGUAUGUAAACCUGCUUUAAGAUAAGAAAUUGAAGUAGCAGGUGUCUAUCUUAUCUACAUCAGUGCCAUAUGACUGCUAUGGUUGUCUCAUGGCAAGGUAGUAUCCAUAUUGUUUUGUGCUUUAGUGCAAUAAUCACUCAAGUAUGUGAUAGCCUGCAGGCCACCAAUCACAUUUUUCGCAUCGGGUAGGGUGUAUGCAUAUCUUUGUUGUGAAUGAAUCAGACACAGUUGUGCCAUUACAUUCCUCUGGGUGGCCAAUAGUUGUUGUUAAUCACUCACAGGAAGUUUAUUUUCUUCAGCACUGCAGCCCCAAUUUGGGACUCAGACUAAGUCCAUCAAACUCUCUGUUCAUGACAGCAUUACCACUAUAAAAGUAGGUAUUUGCCAUUCUGUGGCUUGGUUAACCACACACUCUACUGUAGUCCUCAGCAGUUGUAGGUUUCAAAGUAUUACCAUGCUCAUCAUAGAAAGUUUCUUCUUAUGAUGGAUGUUUGCACACUUAUAUUUAUGAUUUAUAUAGUGACAUUUUUGCUGAAACAGAAUGUAAGGCAUUGAAUAGUAGAAUGAUUAGUGAAUAAUUACAGGAAAGUAUGUGGAAAAAAUCGGUCAUGGUCUAAUUUUAGAUAAUAUCCCAGCGUGUACCUGUAAGGACUAAGGAAAACUAAAAGCAACUGCAGUCAGGAUGGUCAGAGCCCCAUCAAGAUUUUGGUCAUUCACCCCCAAAAUACAAGUCAGAAAUGCUAUGGCCUGGUCCAGCUUGCUGUGUAGGAUGCAUCUGCAAUUUUAUCCUUUUGUUAAAUGUCUGUCCAGUUUAUACUGGAAGGGCUUGAGUAGCUCAGAAUAGAAGUGCUGAAUGGUAGGGUGGUUAGUGAACAAUUUUUGGAAAGGAUGUGGAAGUGGAUCCACGGAAUGCAGUGCAAUGUAAUGUAAUGUAACAGUCAUGGUCCAAUUUGAAAUACUUUCCUGACAUUUUUCUGGAGAGACUGAGGAGGAUUACAAACCUCACUUUCGGGAUAUUCGGUGUCUCAUUGAGAUUUGAAUCAAGCACUUCUCAAGUUCAAGUUUGGAAACUUUAUGGCUUGACCCAACAUUCUUUGUAGGGUGCAUACUAGUCAGAAUAUAAAUGUCAUUUUUUCCCCUUUGCUUAUAUAUAAAACCUGCAACUUUCUGAAUUUUAUUCACUUCUACAAUGAAGAAGGGGGAAUUAUAUUUCUUCAGAGCCUGCCUAACAGACUACACAGUUACCUGGCCCCUGCCAACCAUGAUAAGUAUGUUAGUGAAAUUGUUCUAGAGUACUCCUUCAGAGAUUCUUGUGAAUCAUGUUCCAUUGCUGUGAUUGGGGCCAAAAACAAACACAUAUCAAAUACUGUAAUAUCAGUAGGUAAGGUCUAAGGUGUCCAAAUAUUAGUGAUAGUACCUGAUUGUCUCACCCUGUUAUAGUUGCAGAACUGCUGUGAAAACAGCAAGAAAAUGUUUAGUGGACUUGAGUUCACAAGCCAGAUGAUCUGCCAGAAAAUAAGUGGACAGCCCUCAUAUAGUUUUUAUUUGGCCUCUCCCACUUUGUCCAAAAAGUUCUAGCACAGAAUACAAGUAAAGCACAAAAAUUUUGGUAUGAAGUCUGCAUUACAUAACGAAGCAACCACAGAUCAUUAAUUAAGGCCCGAAUGAACUGUGGGCAUAAUGAAAAUCAUAUUUUAUUUUUAUACUUCAUAAACCCAAAUACAUCUUAGAUACAGAGUAGCAUGUCAGUUUCAUUUUCUCAUUCAUAUCUAAUUAUAUUGCAGCUGUCUUUUCAAUCAAUUCUUUAUGUUAUACUGCUUGCAAGCACCUUGAAAAUUUUUUAUCUUUCAGUGAUAGCGAUGUGAUGAUGAAAUGUGAGCUAUGUGCCAGCCAGGUUCAAGAUAAGAACUAGCAGGUCAGAAAAUGUGUUGUGACACAAACACAAAUAAGGACUGCAGUGGCUGAAUAGUUUUAUCAUGCCAUUGCAGGUUACAUUGGACACCAGGAAGAUACAUUUAGAAUACCACAGUGGGUUACUUUGUGAUGAUAAAGGUUAGGCGUUAUCAUUUACAGUCAUUAAAUAGAAUGAGGAACAUCAAACACUUCCUGUAUCCAAAAACAGAUGCUCUCUAAGUAUUUUGCAUACCUGUGUUUUGUAGUGCAUAGCAAUAUAGUAAUAUGUAGUACAUAGUGAUAUUUUAGUUUAUAAUGCAACUGAAGGGAAGAAAAUUCUAUUAUGUAUGGAGGUUACCAGUUUUUCUUCAUUAUAUAUGCCAUGAUACUUAUGAACAAGAGCAGGAACCUACUUCAUAAACUUGUUGUGAAUAAUUGAAUUAAGAACAAUCUAAUGAACAUGGAUCAACCAUGCACAUUCACGGACACCAAAGAAUUUAUUAAUGGUAAAAAUGUUUCCCCUGUCUCAUACUAAUAGUAAUAGCAAUACAGGUAUUUGACUUAGCAAAAUUAUAAAAUAUAACUUUUGUUUUGAACUUUCCGACCAAAUUAAACAAAUCUGGAUUUUUUCAGGCGCUUUUAUUCUUCCUGUCCCACAGAUAUAUAAAUACAUACAAAGUGUGUUGUAUAUCAGAUUUUAGGAAUACACAAUAUUAGUACUUUCUUUGAAACCUUUAUCAUCUGGGAAUAGAGGAUUUUAUAUCUCAGAGCACUAUGAGGCUUGUGGCUAGAUUUUGACUGUGUGGGGUGGGAGGAGGACAGUAUUAGUAUUGAAAAAAUUCAACAGUUGUCCAGAUGAACCAAAUGCAUGCUUUGUUAAGGGUCAUUCCAUGUGAAGUCAUCCCAAGAGGUCGUUCACCAUUUUUAAAAAAAAUCAUAUUUUGUACACUUAUU